GUAAUCAAAAAAUAUAGUCGCUGGGUGUGUUUGUAUGUGUAACUGUCAAUUACUUUCUCACGUCUUUGUGUUUGUGUUCAUAUUAUAUUUGUGAUCAUAUUAAGGCAAUGAGCAUAAAGAGGCUGUCAGAUCUAUUGUUUUUAAAAUAAGCAAUCAAAGCAUUUCGAUUUAAUUAUUAUUUUUUCUUCGCAUCAUCCGACUGAAUUCCAUUGAAAACAAUUUAAAAUUACACCACAGUUGUAUAACAAUAUACCAAAAAUUAGGAAAAAAUAGAGAAAACAUUUCAAAGAGAAUUGAGCAUUGAAGAACUAGAAUGCAGAGUGUAUUUAAUUCUGUGAAGGGAACUGCGUUGGGAGUUGCGGAAUAUUUGACGCCAGUUUUGAAGGAAUCAAAAUUCAAGGAAACUGGUGUGUUAACGCCAGAAGAGUUCAUUGCAGCUGGCGAUCAUUUGGUACAUCAUUGUCCGACAUGGCAAUGGGCAACUGGCGAUGAGGCUCGCAUCAAAUCAUAUUUACCAAAAGAUAAGCAAUUUUUGAUAACUAGAAAUGUGCCAUGCUAUCGACGUUGUAAACAAAUGGAGUAUGUAGGCGAAGAAACGAUUAUCGAAAAUGAAAAUGGCGAUGACGAUGGAUGGGUGGAAACACAUCAUUACGGUGCAACUGCAAAUGAACUGGAGGACAAAGUGUGUGAUAUGACAUUAGACGAUAAUAAAAAUGAUGAUGACGAUGUGGCCGGCGACAUGGAAGAUGAAAUCAACCGAGGGAAGUCAAAUGGAAAUGAUGACGAUGACGACGAUGAAGAGGCCGUUGAUAUGGAAGAUUUUGAAGAAAGUGGCAUGUUGCAUAUGGUGGACCCGGCAUCCGCAGUCAGUCAACCAAAAGAGAAAGUCGAACCAAAAGCAUCCACUGAAUCGUCUGAGACUGGUGAUCAAGUAAUACAUACGCGGACCUAUGAUUUGCACAUAACCUAUGAUAAAUACUAUCAAACGCCACGCUUGUGGGUGGUUGGAUAUGAUGAGAAUCGUCAACCAUUGAACGUUGAACAAAUGUACGAAGAUGUCAGUCAAGAUCAUGCAAAGAAAACGGUAACAAUGGAAACGCAUCCACAUCUGCCUGGACCAAACAUGGCCUCAGUACAUCCAUGCAAACAUGCUGAUAUCAUGAAGAAAAUUAUACAAACAGUUGAAGAAGGCGGUAAAGCGCUUGGUGUCCAUAUGUAUUUGAUAAUUUUUUUAAAAUUCGUGCAAACCGUCAUCCCAACAAUAGAAUACGAUUUUACACAAAACUUUGCCAUGUCAUAAUAAGUGUAUUUUCAUGACACGCACGAUUCGAAAACAUUUCCUUGUCCGAUGUCUUUUUCGAUAAAAAAUUUCAUUGUUUUAAUUUUCAUUGCGCUUUGGAUUUUACAUGAUAUUGUUCAAAGUAUCUAUUUGCUUACGUAAAAUAUAACGAAUAAUUAAAGGAGCUCACGGCUAUAUUUUAUUGAAAUCAAA